AUGGAAAAAAGAAACGAAGAAAGAUGGGCAGCUAGCCAACUAUCUCUGGAUCUGAUUGUUGAGAUCCUCAAGAAACUCCCUUCAAAGUCACUUGUAAGGUUUCGGUGCGUCUCGAAGGAAUGGUCAACCAUUAUCAGCAGCCGUAGAGACUUUAUCGAGGCGAUCGUGGCUCGAUCUUUAUUAGCUCAGCAGCAGAAGCCUCCCCUGUUCGUCUUCCACCAUUGUGUGCCUGAACCUUUCUUCACACUCUCGUCUACUUUCUCUGAGAGCAUCAAAGACGCGGUAUCAAUCUUUGCAUCACCCGGCUGCACUUUUUUCGAGUAUCAGUACGUCAGAGGCUUGAUCUGUUGUUAUUCGACUUCUUAUCAGUUGUUUACGAUAUACAACCCUACCACGAGACAAUCCCUUCGUCUACCCGUGAUCGAAGACCCGGUGACAGAGUUCCGGCGAUGUGUCUGUCACUUUGGAUACGACGCUGUCAUGGAUCAAUACAAAGUUAUGUCCAUAGUUUUUGAUGUCCGAGAGUUUACGCAGACUUUUCAUGUUUUCACAUUGGGACGGAGUCAACAAUCUUGGAGGAGAAUCAAAGGCAUUGAUGAUGAGAAACUCCUUCCAAGCGUCGACGGGGUUUGCAUCCACGGGACUAUCUAUUACGGAGCAACUAGGAUUACGAAAAAAGGCCAACUGUGCUUAAACUGAUGACAUUCGGAGGACUUUGGACUGUGGUGAAACUGUAUUGCUCAGUUUCGACAUCAGGUCCGAAAGAUUCUAUCAUGUCUUGGCUCCAGAGCCAAUGUUAAAAGCAUUGUCGUGUGCCAUUGCAAGUUGUCGAACUCUUUUAAACCACAAAGGGAAGUUAGGAUGCAUUUAUUCCGGCAAAGACGAGAUAUGUAUAUGGGUUAUGGAGAGUGCUCGGAAACAAGAAUGGUUCAAGGUUACUUUCGACUUGCCAGAUAACCCAUUGGGUUGUUUAAAAGGUGCUUUCACUGGAUUCUCAGGUGUCACCCCUGCUGGUGAGAUCUUCGCGACUCAGAAUACGUACUUCUUUCAUGAAACCUUGUAUGUUUACUACUAUGACAUGAAUCGAAACUUCUUUAGAAGAGUUGAAAUCCAAGGUACUAGGCCGGAGAAAGUAACCAGGAAGAAUCGUUAUGCUGUUACCGUACUUGCGAUUCAUGAUCAUGUCGAGAACACAAUGUUGUUGUUGUUGUAGGAUUCAUGUGUAUUAAUAUUAAAAAGUCUUUUUAAUA